CUCGAAGGUCCGGGGAAGUUCAGAAAUCUGAUGAUCUACGGUCAAACCAACUGCGCCAAAACGUUUAUUUUGAAGCCCUUGAAGUACAUCUUUGAUGACCGACUGUUUGACAACCCUGCGAAUGACAAGUAUGGUUGGAUUGGUGCCGACAAGGCAGAGGUGAUUCUCUUGCAAGACUUUCACUUCAGCGAAGAACUCCUCACAUGGAAAGAUCUCCUUCUCCUACUCGAAGGAGAGACGGUUAAGCUACCUGCUACCAAGAAUCAUUUUGCCAAUAGUGCUGUCAUAUAUUCUGAUGCCCCGAUUUUCGCAACGUCAAAAGCACCUAUAGUGUACAAAGGGCCUUACAACGUGGAAGACGAGCGUGAAACAGACAUGGUGAACAGUCAUUACCUCCGCCAGGUACGUUUUAUACGCCGAAUUUCGGAACAACGGCUUGUGUUUGAGAAGAAAAUGGAGAUUUUUCAGCGUAUAAGGGAAUGGCGAAUAGAAAACGAGCGAUUGGGGCUUGUCGCUGAUCUUUCGGAUACUUGGACCCCAGAACAACGAGAGAGUUUUCUGUAUGAUUGACAAAACGACGAGCCUUUGUUACAGGUUGGUUGUGGACAAAAAAGAUAUUGUGAUGAAAUGAACGAUGGCGCAAUUUUUUUCAUAAAUAAACAUACAGUUAAAUAUAAACUCUAUAUCAUUGCUUUAGUUAGGGUUUGCAAGGAUUCUGGGAGGAUUCUGUAGGGCUUCUCUCGGGGUUGUGUGGGCGUUCUGUGGGGGUUCUCUGUGGGAUCUACAGGGGUUCCGUGGGAGUUCCCUCGAAGUAUGCGUCUUCGCAUUUUGCUCAUGCGUUUUCGCAUUGAGUUCGCAUGUUGCUCAUGAGUUUUCGCAUUUUUCGCAUUUUGCUUCGCAUUCUUCGCAUUUUGCUUCGCAUUUUUCGCAUUAAGGCCCGAUUAGGCCUGGUGGCCCGAUAGAAGGUAUGGCUUAAUUCUAACGUGCAUUUUUCUACAAGGAAUAAUGUUGCAAUGAAACAAGGCACAAUGCAGUUUUGAUAAAUAUUUAUUUCACAUAAGCAUUACAUCGAUUCAUUGAUCCUCAUCACUCUCUGAAAACCGUCCUUGAUCUUCUAAAAGCUGUUUCAACAGAAACUUUCUUUUAUCAACCGCUGCUCAUAAAGCUUCAUCAGGAUCAAACGAGUCUUCGCUCACAAAUGUCUCCUUCGUUUUCAUAAUCUUUCUAUGCACGGGAUCCUUUUCAAGUGCUUUCAUCCAUCGUAAAUUAUCCACGUAAACGAAUUCUUCAGGGAGAACGUUUUCAAAGGCUUCCUGCUUAGCUACACUUUCUUCUCGCCCAUCCAUUUGCAACGUUUUCAUACAUUCAUCAUACUCUGGUCGAACCGUCGCUGUUGCAUUGUGAAAGGACAUUGGCAAUAAAAAAUUAGUUUGUCUCAUUCAAACGAACUCUUAAAAUUAUAUCUUAAACUCUAUUUACGAAUUGUCAUAUCUUGCUUAGUUCUCGAAAUAUUUAGACCGACAUUAAUGAGCUUUCCGCCAUCUUGGAAAAAUUCUUUACCUCAUUAACUAUGCAGAUGAUAUACAUCAUAGAUUCGUGCAUUGCCGUAUGUUAUAUAUCAUCAUAUAUGAAACGAGAGACGAUGUUGAAUUUGCUGUGGCACGAUGAAACAAUGCAUUUUUCUGGUGCCAAAUGGUGGGACGACAUGCAUGUAUACCAGGCCUGUCAGCCUCUGUUUGUGAUUUGACGGUCAAACACCAAUUCUCAUAUUUUGUUUUCUGUAGGAAGACGAUGAUUUGAAGGAGUACGUACAUUCGAGCAACCACCUUUCCUAUGCUGACUGGUUUUGA